AUGGCUGACCGAACCCAAGAGAAGACUCAUGGCUUCUUGAACGAUGUGAAGUCAGCUGUCAAAGGCGUCAAAGGAGCAGGCGACACCAUAAGAGGCACAGUCAAUGAGUCUAUCGACACGGCCUUCAAUGAGAAGGAAGGAGAGACGGCCAACCGCGCAAUCAAAGAAAAGGGCAAGACGGAAAUGCAGGCCGCUGACCAGCAUUUCAGUGAGCCUGGCACAGCACCUCCCACUGGAGGACUCAGUGGCACAAAGGCCACAGCCAGCGGCACCACAACCGGUGCUGGUGCACAUUCAGGAAGCGUGGGGAACAUGGGCAGCAGUGUCCCCCAAACUGGUCUUGGUGGUGAACCUGCUCCAGCAAGGGAGAGAUAUUGA